AUGGUGCUGCAAUAUCAUCGAUUGCAUCCGAAUCGCAGAUGGCUCGAAGCAGUGAUGAAGGAUCUGGUGAAAGAAAGCGAUCCAUCGCGGCAGAUGGAUGCAAUCUUGAAAAGUUUGCACUCCUAUGCAUCAAGCCCAGCUGAUCUCAAUGAAAAUGAUAUCGGAAAAAUUGAGGAAUUGACGGAUCAUUUAGAAGAUAUCCUUGGCUAUGCUGAAAUCACGAACCAAUUCGUGGCCAAAGGAGGUCUACUGGUCAUCGAGGCUUUCCUGGUGGGUAGUGUAUCCAUGUUGUUGUUUUCUUUGUUUUUUUUUCUUGUUCCUUAUUCUCAAAGCGUAGCCGUAUCGCACCCUAAAUGUUACGCAGAUAUUCCUCUGAAGAAUGAGACUUCUUAUUUCAUUGGCAGAUUGACUUACUAG